AUGUCGUCGUAUCAUCCACCGAAACGAGAUAGCAUGAGGAAUCAAAUACGAACGCCAGCACUCGUUCAGAAUCGCAAACGAAUUGUGAAACAUCAGGAACCCAAGGCAGUGCCACCCCCACCUUCGAUUGACGAGGAUACCGUAGAUCUGGGUGCCAUUGUCAUUGACAAUGGAACUGGAUCCACCAAAGCUGGCUUUGCCGGAGAGGACGAUCCUCGAUGCGUCUUUCCAACCCUGGUAGCACAUCCAACCUCUACCUUUGGUCCCAAUUCCAAGGCCCAAGUCGGCAAACAGGCCGAAGCCAAGUGGAGUGUCCUGGACGUGCAACAACCCAUCGACCGGGGUAUCAUCCAAAACUGGGACGAUAUGGAAACCAUUUGGCAUCACACCUUUUAUCAACUCAAAGCUUCCAGCCAACAUCAUCCCGUCUUGCUCACCGAAGUUCCACUCAAUCCAAAAGCCAAUCGCGAACGCAUGACGCAAAUCAUGUUUGAAACCUUCAAGGUACCGGCUUUGUAUAUAAAUAAUACUGCCAUUUUGGCACUAUAUGCCAAUGGUCGGACCAGUGGAUGUGUCUUGGAAUCAGGAGAAGGUGUCUCUCAUGCGGUUCCCGUCUGUGAAGGUUAUGUGAUUCCUCAUGCCAUUCUUCGAUUGCCUCUUGGGGGUAAGGACCUGACCCAGUUGCUGCAAAAUGCCUUGGCGGAACGAGGACACGCAUUGCAGGAUCAUAUAGAAAAAAACUUUUCGGACGAAGGACUCGUGCUCACGUCCACUGCCGUCCAGGUGCAAGUCCGAACCAUGAAGGAGACCUUGGGGUAUGUGGCUCUCGACUUUGGACAAGAAACGAUCAAGGCGGUCGACAAGAGUGCGGCUUUGGAAAAAUCCUUUGACCUGAAGGAUGGCACCAGCAUUCAAAUUGGCAACGAACGAUUUUACUUUCCCGAACAUCUCUUUCAACCAAACGACUUGAUGGGACUGGAAGAAGAAGGGGUUGCGGACAUGACCUUUCAAGCCAUUAUGAAAUGCGACGAACUUUUGCAGUAUGACAUGUUUAGCAAUAUCGUUCUUUCUGGAGGUUCUACCAUGUUUCCUGGAUUCCGGGAGCGCAUGUUGAAGGAACUGACGGCACUGGCGGGUUCCGUUGAAAUUACUAUCAAUGAUACUGCGGGUCGAGCCAAUGCGCCAUGGGUAGGAGGAUCGAUAUUGGCAUCGUUGGAACAAUUCAAUCAUUUGUGGAUUACCAAACAAGAAUAUGACGAGACUGGUUCCUCCAUUGUCCACACAAAAUGUUAUUGA